AUGAACAUGCCGAUCCCAGUCCACGAUUUCGACCCAUACAACGACAACGCCGACGUGAAGGACGACCCUCACGUGAACAACCUCAGGAACGAGCGCUUCGACAUCCGAAAACCCUCCGAGUACCUGCUGUUGCGCGUGCCGCUCGACGAACAGCUCCCCGCGGCCAUGGAACUCACCGCCGGCGUCGCUGCCGACGGCAUUACCGAGUGCGGCGUGUACGUCAAGAACGUGACCUUCCGUGGCACUUGGUUCAACGGGCAGACGGUGCGAAUCCGCCCCCACACUCGGAACGUGGCUGGGUCGAACCAGGCUGGAGACCAGACUCGCACGAAUUUCUCCUUGCAGGUGUCCGAGCAGCAGGUGUCCCAGCCGCGGUGGAGGUCCUUCUCGUUCGAAGAGGCCGGUUCGAUCAUCAGCGAGGCUUCCACUGGACAGGUCGGCGCCAGGUUCUUCAUGAGGGAGGAAUUUGGGAAGCGUUUGGAGGGCCAGGCGUUGGAGUUCCGCAUGGGCGAGGCGGCAGGGGCAAGUGUUGUCGUCUCGCAGGCCGCCCACCAGGCUUUGAACAUAGAGAUGAGGCACCUGUCCAAGCUGGGCGCGGAUCGCAUGGGCGGGCUGCUGGGCACAGAGUCCCACGACAGGGAGGUAGAGGAGGACACGUACGAGUGCAAGAUGGAGGUGGCCAAAAGGCAGCCGAACAUGAGGAUAAGCCACGACGACGUCAGCGAGAAGAUGAGGCGGAGAGUGCGAGAAGGGAGGGAGAGUUCCGUGUUGAAGGUCUCCUGGUUCUGA